UUUUUUUAUAUCUCUCUAGGGCAUUCUUCCUGAGUUGAACAAAGCUUACGACCUCAUCAAACUAACAACAMACAGUCUAGUCCAUUGCCAUCAGCUCUCAUUAUCUGCUGCAGGACCUAAUGGAUUAGAAGAAGAGACRCUUGUUGAUGGGCGCUAUAGCCAUGCCGAUUGUGUCUAUAUUCAUCUUAAAUUCCUUGCCUUUGUUCUGCAAGAAGCAGACCUGUAUUUGCCGUGGAGUAGGACUAGGGAUAUUUGGGAUGUGCUUGUUGCUAAUAGUGACAGCUGUGAAUUUGACAAAGAGACUGCUUUUGACUGGUUCAAUAGAGGGCUGUGUGACUUAGAACCAGAUACUCAAGCACAAAUUUUCAAUGGAAAAAUCCUGAAACUUGAUCCUGGAAAACUUACAAUGAAAGGUUUCCAGUGUUUCAAGACUUUUUUCGAGAAUGUCAAUCAUAAUGAGCACAAAAUGAAGAAGAUAGCCAAUACAUGUACAUAUACCAUAGAGAAAAUGGACUUAACUGGUUUGGAUUACCUGUGGAGAAUUGUCCUUGAAGUCCCAUCUGAAGAAAUAGCAAUGUUGGCUAUUAGGCUGCUCCUUAAAUUAAGCUAUACUUGGCUGUCUCCAAAACUCAAAAAGGAUUCUCUAAAUAUCCACAAGAAAUUCAUUCUUGAAUGCUACAAGCGCCUUGAGCAUAUCAUGUCUGUACUUGGUCACCAUUCAGUGUCACAUGCUGCCACUAGCGCUACAGUAGCAGCAACUGUCCCUAUUACUCAUGAAGCAAUAUUGUCACCUUCAGCUAUCAGAACAAACAACUUACUAAGCAUCGAAAGACUUCUUAUGAUAGCAGAGCACUAUAUUAUAACUGUGGAGGAUCUUCAUGCUGGACCAAGGACCCUACUACCCCAUGGUGCAUCAUUCCAUGGUCAUCCAAUAACAGUGAAUAUAAACUGUGACGUUCCUAAGCAGCACAUUACACUUCAGUGUCACAGCAACGAAUCACUUCGUUCCUUGCGUCACCGAAUAGCUGGUAGAUUGAACGUCACACCAGAGCAAGUACAAAUUUUCAACAAUGAAAAAAUGCUGCUUUCCUCUAAAGAUCCAAAACUCUUGUACCAACUUGAAUUUGAAGAUGAACAGAUAAUUUUUGUGAAGACAACAGGGUCAUCAGUCACCAUGGUAACCAAUAAAGAUGAAAUAGAGAUGCAGGACAUCCGAGCAGAUGACACAAGUGCAAGUGGAUGCAAUCGGCAAGCRUAUGCACUGGAACAAGAACGYAUYAUGCCWGGUGUUAUCAUGUCAACRGAGUGUAGAGCAUUUGAUAAACUAUAUCAGUUGGCAGAGCUUGAAGAACCAAGCAUAACGUCCCAUGUACAACGACUUCUGAUGUUACUYCCWACUGAYCCAGUUGUGCAAGAAGCYUUGGACUCCAUUGGGCAGCAGUUUACUCUGACCUGUACAACUGGCAGUACAUCCAUGGAUGAUUCUGGUGGAGUUGUACCCACAACAACCAACCUUAAGAACAUGUUUCGAUGUACUGCCGCCGGGAUGUCACCCUUUAGAGUCCUGUACAACCUUGAG